CUUAAGGCUGCUGGCGGGCGCGGGGGGCAAGGCGAGGCAGCAGCACCCCGCAGCCAUGAGCAUCCCCAUCGCCAAGUCCUUCUACGACCUGAGCGCCACCUCCUUGCAAGGGGAGAGGGUGGAUUUCAACGUGUUCCGGGGCCGCGUGGUGCUCAUCGAGAACGUGGCUUCGCUCUGAGGCUCCACGGUGCGGGAUUACACCCAGCUCAACCAGCUGCAGGCCCGCUACCCGCGGCGGCUGGUGGUGCUGGGCUUCCCCUGCAACCAGUUCGGCUGCCAGGAGAACGGCACCAACGAGGAGAUCCUCAGCAUCCUGAAGCACGUGCGGCCGGGCGGCGGCUUCGAGCCCAACUUCACCCUGUUCCAGAAGUGCCAGGUGAACGGCGCCGACACGCACCCGGUCUUCGCCUACCUGAAGCUCCAUCUCCCCGCGCCGGCCGACGAAGCGGGGACCCUCAUGGUGGAGCCGCGCUUCUUGGCCUGGAGCCCCGUGCGGCGCUCCGACGUCUCCUGGAACUUCGAGAAGUUCCUGGUGGGCCCCGAGGGGGAACCGUUCCGGCGCUACAGCCCCCGCACGGCCACGGCGCAGCUGGAACCCGACAUCCAGCGCCUCCUCAAGCUGGCCAAGUAGGAGCCGGG